AUGACUCUGAUGGUGCCUCUGUCGGCAGAGAUACGUGUUCUCCCUCAACAAGUGUACUAUACAAGAUUCCCAACUGCUUCUAAACAUACACAAGAUGCGUGGGUUGUUUUCAAAACAAAAGCACGCCAAUUGAUUGAUGUACGAGGUGUCAUCUCCGAGAAUAAAGAUUUCAAUAUGGUAGACAACCUUUCUUUUCAAGAAGAGUCGCCCAUAAAUAAUAUCCCGUUGGUGCCAAUAAGUCAAGAGUUGGACAAUGAAGAGAUUGUACAGGUAGGUGAAAGUAAAUAUGUGUUUUGGGGCACAAUGCCUCGGCUAAGCUCGGCAUUUACAAAAUCCAUUCCGACUAACAGUGAUGGGAAAAAACAAUUUGACAAGGUGGCAACUAAAAAUCCCCUAUAUUUAAAGGGGUUGAUGAUGAGCUGGACUGCUAGAUAUCAAAACAAGGAUUGCACAUGCGUGGAUGAGCAGGAAGAGGAAGCUCUCGAGGUGACAGUCGAAGAGUUCGAGUAG